UAUAUGUGUGUGUGUGUGUGUAUGUGUGUAUAUAUGAUACACAAUCUAUACAAAUGUAAAAAUAUAUAGAAUUUAAAGUAACCAUCAGUUCAAAGGCUAGAUUUCUCUUUUGAUAUAUGUUCAUUACGUCAAAUGUUCUCCCCACCAUAGUUCUGUUCUCAUCCCGUUACUUUCGCUUCAGUUACACUGGAGUAGGUCAACAUCUACGUGUCAACUCGGUUCUAAAAGACGAUAUCACGUAUUAUACUUUCGAGAUAACUACAUUGAACAUGUUUGCGAGAGUAUCAUUUUAUCCAACGUUGUUUUACAACAUUAUUAUGGAAAAGGUCACAACACGUAAUUGGUAUGAUAGAAUAGACGAGACUGUCAUAUUAGGCGCCUUACCAUUCUACUGGAUGACGCAGCAGUUAAUCAACGAUGAAAAUGUCAAAGCUGUUGUAUCUAUGAACGAAGAUUAUGAAUUAUCUUUGUUAUCUAAUUCAGAGAAGGAAUGGAAUAGGCAUAAUGUAAAGUUUCUACAAUUAGCUACAACGGAUAUUUUUCAAGCACCUUGUCAAGAAAAACUACAGAAUGGUGUAAACUUUAUUAAUAAAUUCUGUAACGUACCGGUACGGAAACUAAAUAAUCUAGAUACUGUUGCCGGUUAUAAUGGAUAUGGUACAGUCUACGUUCAUUGUAAAGCAGGAAGAACGAGAAGCGCGACGUUAGUUGGAUGCUACUUGAUGAUGAAAAAUAAUUGGACACCCAAACAAGCAGUAGAUUACAUGCGAGCCAAAAGACCACAUAUACUGCUGCAUACAGCACAGUGGAAUGCAUUAGAACUGUUUUAUGAGAAACAUGUACAAUUUAAACUAUAAAGUUAUAAUUUCAUAUCAAUUAAAAUAAUAUAUACUAUUAUUUAAUAUACAUAAAUAAAAGUAACACUGCCUAUGUGCGAGUUAA